AUGUUACAGGUGGUAAAAUGUCCGUUAUGCUUGGAACCUUAUCGUGAGCCAAAGGUUCUGGCAUGUUUCCACAGUUUUUGCAAAUCAUGCUUGGAACGUCAGAUGGAUGAUAACUGUGCGGAAAAAAUAGUAUGUCCACAAUGUCGCGUUGAAACACAGUUAUCAAUACAGCUUGGUAUAGAAAGUUUAUUAACUGAUUAUGGACUGGAAAGUGUUAUGACUCGCCAGAAUUUAGGCGAUGAUAAAGGUCUGAUAUUCGGCUCACCAAGUUCGACAUCAUCUUCACCGCCAUUGAUUGAACCUACUUCAUACGAUCAGAACAGUAAUAAGAAUUCAUCAUGUACGGGAUGCAAAAGCGGCGAACUUGCAAGCGCAUUUUGCCAGGAUUGCACACAUUUUUUAUGUGCCAACUGUACUUUGGCUCAUCAAUACAUGCAUUGUUUCGAGGGACAUCGAGUUGAUCAAUUAUCUCAGGAGGAUGCUGCUGCUCUCGCCGCUGCUUUUGCUGAAAAAACUGCUUGCAAGUGCAUACAACAUCGCUCACAACCAUUGCGAUACUUCUGUUUAACAUGUAACCUGGCUAUAUGUAUGGAAUGUACUCAGGUUGAUCAUAUACAGCCAACACAUCAGUAUGAAUUGAUCAGUGAUGUGGCUGAAAAACAAAUGGCAAUCAUGGAAACAUUGGUGCAGGAUGCUCGUUUGAAGCAUUCUGAACUUCUUGAAACGUAUAAAAUGGUUGAUGCAGCACAAAAUCGUUUAAGUUGCUCUCUGACCAGAGCUCAUCAAAAUGUAGACGAUGCAACUCAAACAUUGAUUCGUAUAAUUGAAGAUAAUCGUCGACAGAUUAUCAAAGAUUUGGAUAAUGCUUAUGGUGCUAAACAAUUGCAGCUCACUGUGAUUGACAAAAAGGUGCAACAAAUGGCCGAAAAAUUAGCACAAACGAUUGAAUUCACCUCACGUCUUGUCAAAUACGCUGCACCAACAGAAGUAAUGGUUUUCAAGCAACUUCUGCAUACCCGUCUACAAGUAUACUUUUCAUUCAAUCCGGAUAGUAAUAACAUCCUGCAAACAACAUGCGAACUUGAUUUUCCGCCACUGAAUCCAAAUGUAGCACGUCAACAAAUUAUCAGUAUUAUGGGCCUCGUUCGCGGUGCAUCGGAAUGGCCUCAAGGAACAAUGUCAUCAGCGAAUGCGGGAAUGCCACCAGCACCAAUCGGUCGACCAGCUAGCCGACAGUUAGCUCGAUCAGUAACAGCGACGAAUGGUACAUUGCCUGUCAAUAAUUUCUCGGACUCAAAUUUGCUACGGCCUAAAAAUGAAUAUGGUGGCUCCAGUCAGAGUCUUGGAACGUUUGUUACAGUUGAUAAUGGCUUUAGCAAUCAGUAUGAGAAGUGGAGCAUGGGACUUGAACCAGCUAGUGGUUUACAACUUGCAGAAUCACCUGAUUUAGAACAUGAAAAGUUGAUUCAUUCACAGAAUAUGGGCAUCAGCAAUCUUUAUCCACCUCGGGCACAAAUCAAGAGACAGAAGAUGAUCUAUCACUGCAAAUUUGGUGAAUUUGGAGUUAUGGAAGGACAGUUUACGGAACCAUCCGGAGUUGCAGUCAAUGCACAAAAUGAUAUUAUUGUUGCGGACACUAACAAUCAUCGUAUCCAAGUAUUUGAUAAAGAGGGUCGUUUCAAAUUUCAGUUUGGAGAAUGUGGUAAGCGUGAUGGCCAGCUACUUUAUCCUAAUCGAGUGGCGGUAAAUCGUCUCACCGGCGAUUUCAUAGUAACCGAACGUUCGCCAACACAUCAAAUACAAAUUUACAACCAAUACGGACAGUUCUUGCGCAAAUUUGGAGCAAACAUUUUGCAGCAUCCGCGUGGUGUUUGUGUUGAUAGUAAAGGACGUAUUGUUGUAAUUGAAUGUAAAGUUAUGCGUGUAAUAAUAUUCGACAUGUUUGGUAAUAUUUUGCAAAAAUUCAGUUGCUCUCGUUAUUUGGAAUUUCCAAAUGGAGUUUGUACAAACCACAAGCAAGAAAUCUUAAUUUCGGACAAUCGUGCGCACUGUAUAAAGGUAUUCAAUUAUGAUGGACAAUUUAUUCGUCAGAUUGGCGGAGAAGGUAUUACAAACUAUCCUAUUGGUGUGGGUAUCAAUUAUGCUGGUGAUGUUGUUGUAGCAGAUAACCAUAAUAAUUUCAAUCUCACCGUCUUCAGUCAGGAUGGUAUCAUGAUCUCGGCACUUGAGAGCAAAGUGAAGCACGCGCAGUGCUUCGAUGUAGCACUUGUUGAAGACGGUUCCGUGGUGCUGGCAAGCAAAGAUUAUCGUCUCUACCUUUAUCGUUAUCAAUCAUCUGGAACAACGACGGCGGGAGCAGUAGUGACGGCAAGCAGUCCCAAAUAA